AUGCUCUGGCCCUUGACGCGCAAACACGGUUUUCUUGCGCAGUUACUUUCGCCUGUCGCUCUCGGCGGCGCUUCCCGCACGAUCCUCAUGAGAUCGAGGCGCAAGAAUCAGCCCGGGGCGCGUCUCGUGCCGCCGCCGCUUCGCUCGCUGCGCUCCAUCCGCAGCGUCUCUAUUCGCGGCGUGCCCACCGCCGCACCGCCGCUGCCCAGUCUGCGGCUGCUGCUUCUCCCACCAGCGCCGCCGGCACGUGCAACGCUCGCGCUGCGUGUGACGGGAGCCGGGCGCGUCGAGUCGCGGGUCUCCACCGCUUCGCUCGUGCCGCGCUGCGACGUGCCGCUCCACGUGACGACCGUCGAGCGGUCGACGCUCAACCCGACGUGGGAGAUCGACACAGACCGGCUGCCACCGUCCGUCCUGGCGCUGCGUGCGGUGCGGCUCGUGCUUGAGGCGGUCGGGCUCGAUGGCGUGCCCUGUGCGACGCUGAUGUCGAUGGAGCUGAGCCUCGCCGCGCUUGUGCACGUGACGGCAGACGCCGACGCGGCAGCCGGCGGCGGCAACGGCAGCAGAAGCGGAGGCGGCAACAGCACCUCGGCGGCGGCACUCAGUUCGCUCGCCCUGCUUCCGCCGUGCACGGUGGUCGUCGAGCUCGAGUCGGGCUGCGGCCUGCGCCGCCUCUUCACCACCGCCGACGCCGUCAAACCAAUGCUGUCGGCGGGCAUGCUGGAGCCUGUGCUCCCUCACGCGUGGCCGGCGGGGGACUCUGCCCAAGAGAGCCCGGCUGGCGCGGCGAGCGACCCCGCUGCCCCGGGCGGCGGUGUCGAUCAGGCCUGGCUCGAGCGGCUCGAGCGGUGGGCGGCGGCCGCGCUUCCCGCGGCGGCGGCGGCGGCGGAGGCGGAGGCGGACAACGCCCUGGCGGCCGAGCGGCUGCGUGAUGCGCUGCAGGGCCGCGCUCAGCGCGGUGCGAGGGGGGCCGAGGCUCGGCGGCGCCAGGCGGCGCUCGCCGCGCUCCGCGACGAGGUGGGGCGCGAGGAGCGGGAGUGCGAGCGGCAGCGCGCUGCUGUCGCGGCGGCGGCGGCGGAGGUGGAGGCGGGCGCAGCCGAACUGGUCGGGCUGGCCGCGCGUGCAGCUGCGUCUGACGCGGCGUUGGCGGUUGGCCCGUCCAGCUCCGCCGCUCCGCUCUGCGCCCGCCGCGCCGCGAUGCUGCGCGAGGUGCUGCUGUCGCUCGGCAAGCUGCUCCCCGUCUUCCCGUCCGGCGCGCCCGCCGCGAGAGCAGGGCCUGCCGCCGCCCGGCUGCCCGUGCCGCUGCCGACCUCCCCUUCCCUUUGCGGGCUGCGCCUCGGCGGCGGCGGCGGCGGAGGCAGGCCGCCGCCCGACGACGAGGAGGCGAGCGCGGCGUUGGGGUUGGCGGCGCUGCUGGUCCGCAGCAUGGCGUCGAUCGGCGAGGUCCGCCUCUCCUGCACGCUGCACUUGCGCAGCUCGCGCUCCGCCGUGGGCGUGCAGCCGCCCGAUGCCGACGCCUCUCCUGGCCGCGGGGCGCCGAAGCUGCUGCCUCUCUUCGGCCGCGGCGCCGACGCAGCCGCGGGCGCAAAGCUGCUGCUCACCGCGGCGGAGCAGCUGUUGCCGCAGCUCGAGGCGCAGCUGGACCCGGCGCCGCCCACCGCAGAGAGCGGCACGCCGACAUCCCGCGCAGGUGUGCCGGUCGCCGCCGCGCCGCGCAGCUCCCUUUCGGCCGGCGGCAUGCUGCUAGAUUUGCUCGCCGCCUUUUUCGCCCGCGUCGCCAGUUCAGAGGGAAAGGCCGCGACGCCUCCAAAGACGCCGACAUCCACCGCCCCUGAGGCAGGCUCGCCAGCGCCGUCGUCUAAGGCAACCAUAACCACACAUCCGCUGCCACUGGCUCCGCCGCCGCCGCCGCCGAACCCGCCGAACCCGCCGAACCCGCCGAACCCGCCGAACCCGCCGCCGCCGCCGAACCCGCAGCUGCCACAGGCUCGCUCGCGGCUCGCGCGCACGAGCACCCUGCGGGCCUGCGACGGCAAGUUUGCCGACUGCGCCAAGUACGUGCCGCUACCCGCGACCGCCUCCGACGCUACCGGCCCGUCUCAGCCCGCCUCGCCACCUUCGAGCCGGCCUGUUCGCUCCAAGACGAGCCCGGGCGGCUCGCAGCACCGCGGAGCUCCGGUUUCCCUCGCCGCCGAGCCGGCUUACGCGCCCGUGGAGGAGAUGCGCGACAGGACCGACCAACGCUACGACCUCAAGCGGCGGCGGACGUCGGAAGAGGCGGCGGACGGCCGCCUGAUGGAGCUGCUCGUCCUCGCCUCCGCCUCCGCGUCGCCGGACGCGCCGCUGUCGCUGCAGCUGGAGAGGUGGCUGGCAGUCUGGGCCAAGCCGCCGUUGCGUGUGCGCUAG